GGAGUACAAGGACCACGAGGCCGUUUCAUUAAAAUUGGGAUACAGACAAAUCGCGGCUCGCAGGAUACCGGAUACGUGUGUGUGUGUUUGCCGCAUCCAUUCACGAGGAUUCAAAGAAACGAGACGGAAGACUUUUUCAGUGGUGACUUUCUUGACAAAAUCCUUAAAAAGGACUAAACUGUUCGAACCAUUUUCGGUUUCUCGCUGUUCGGUUUCGGGGUAGUUCCUCAAGCUCUCAGACGGAUAACAAAAUGAUGAACACCAAGAAAAAGCCGCAAAUAUUACUCGCUCUUAAUCGCCAAAAACAAUGUGGAUAAUCAUUUAAACAUAUGCACAAGGCGAAAGCUAAGCGAGAAUUCGGCGGCAGAUGACAAGGACAACGCCACGCACAUGGCGGCAAGGCUACAACAAGGAUACAGGACACGGCCAACCGGAUAUUAAACUAUCAACAGUAGCCAACACAGCGAAAAAAAAAAAAACGAACCCGAAGCCAUAACAAUAAGGACAGCUUUGUAAGCAAAAAAAAAAGUGUAUAAUGACAGCAAUGGAAGCGGGAACAGGUCCUGCAGCAACGAGGGAGUUCGUCGAGGGAUGGACCUUAGCCCAAACUCUAGGCGAAGGUGCCUACGGCGAGGUUAAGCUGCUAAUCAACCGACAGACUGGCGAGGCCGUGGCCAUGAAAAUGGUGGAUCUCAAGAAGCAUCCCGAUGCAGCGAACUCCGUGCGAAAGGAGGUCUGCAUACAGAAAAUGCUACAGGAUACUCAUAUCUUGCGAUUUUUCGGCAAGCGCUCGCAAGGAACCGUGGAGUACAUUUUCCUGGAGUACGCCGCCGGCGGUGAGCUGUUCGAUCGAAUCGAACCCGAUGUGGGAAUGCCACAGCAUGAGGCCCAGAGAUACUUCACUCAGCUUUUGUCCGGCCUUAAUUAUUUGCAUCAGCGUGGGAUCGCCCAUCGGGAUCUGAAACCGGAAAAUUUGCUACUCGACGAGCACGACAACGUGAAAAUAUCCGACUUUGGCAUGGCCACCAUGUUUAGGUGCAAGGGCAAGGAGCGACUGCUGGACAAGCGCUGCGGCACCUUGCCGUACGUGGCUCCCGAGGUUCUCCAGAAAGCCUAUCAUGCCCAGCCCGCGGAUCUUUGGUCGUGUGGCGUUAUUCUGGUCACAAUGCUGGCCGGAGAAUUGCCCUGGGAUCAGCCUUCCAGCAAUUGCACGGAGUUUAUAAACUGGAAGGAUAAUGAUCACUGGCAACUGCAAACUCCUUGGAGCAAACUGGACACAUUGGCCAUUUCGCUGCUGCGUAAACUUUUAGCCACCAGUCCCAGCACUCGUUUAACACUGGAAAAAACCCUGGAUCACAAGUGGUGCAACAUGCAGUUUGCAGACAAUGAACGUUCCUAUGACCUGGUGGAUUCAGCGGCCGCUCUGGAGAUUUGCUCGCCAAAAGCCAAGAGGCAGCGCCUGCAGUCGAGCUCCAGUGUGAGCAACAAUCUGGAUGACUCCAUUUCCCGGAACUAUUGUUCCCAGCCGAUGCCCGAGAUGCGCAACGAUGAUGACUUCGAUGUGAGACUGGGCAGCGGUCGGUGCAAAGAGAAUGGAGGCGACCGCCAGACGCUAGUCCAGGAGGCACGACUCAGUUACUCCUUCUCGCAGCCCGCCUUGCUGGAUGAUCUCUUGCUGGCCACGCAAAUGAACCAAACGCAGAACGCCUCCCAGAACUAUUUCCAGCGUUUGGUGAGGAGAAUGACUCGCUUCUUUGUGACCACGCGAUGGGACGAUACCAUCAAGAGAUUGGUGGGAACCAUCGAAAGAUUGGGUGGCUACACGUGCAAGGUUGGUGACGAUGGAGUGGUCACCGUGUCCACCGUCGAUCGGAAUAAGUUGCGGCUGGUUUUCAAGGCGCACAUCAUCGAGAUGGAUGGCAAGAUCCUCGUGGACUUCCGGCUGUCCAAGGGUUGCGGCUUGGAGUUCAAACGACGCUUCAUCAAAAUUAAGAACGCUCUGGAGGAUAUCGUGCUCAAGGGUCCCACCACAUGGCCCAUUGCGAUUGCAACCAAUUCGGUGCCUUAGAUUAAGUUAAUUACUACCUUAAAGACCCUCUAUUUACAUUGUUUCUCUAGCUUAUUGUGUAAUUCAUUCAUCACCUUCAACUAGUUUUAGCCAAACGUCUCAAUGUGCUAACUUAUUAUUAAUUCAUUGCAUUGUUUACGAUUACGUUAUACACUGUAAAAUAGGCUGUAAUACGAUUUUAAUUUUGUUGAAUUUUAAAACGAAAACCGGGUAUUGAAAGCUUGUUAGUUUAAAGCAUUAUGGAACAAUAAAUCGAAUCAGAUUUUGAAUAAUUAAA